AUGUCGUCUUCAAGGAUUUUCCUAGUCGGAAACUCCAUCCUCCGACCUCACAAACCCUCCUUUCCACUCACUUUCAAUCGAUUUCCCACUGUUUCUCUCCGCUUCCGAUGCUUCUCCAGUGACCCCACCACCGUCGCCGUCGAAUCCACCGUGGAUUCAAAUCUCCGAUCUAAACCUCCUCAUCCAUGGCCAGAGUGGAUUAAUUUCGUCGAUCGCUUGAAAACGAAAGGAUAUUUCACCAAAGACGUCGAAGAUGAUUUGGUUUAUCAGGAAAUGAAUCUAGUUAAAGAUGCUUGUCUCAGCUUCGCUCGCGAUCGAUACGACAUUCUCAGAUCUUUAUCAUCUGGAGAUAUACAAGCUCUUGUGGAGCGUGGAUGCCUUAAUCUCUUUCGUAAAACUGUUAAUUCUUCUAAAAGGAUUCGUGCUCAUGUUCGAUUAGACGAAGGAGAUGUUUGUGGUUCUUGUGAGCUUCGUGGAUCUUGUGAUAGAGCUUAUGUGAUACUAAAGGACACGGAAGCUGAUGCUCGUACGGUUGAUGUUAUGCGUUUACUGUUGUUUAAUGCGCUUGAUUCAGUUGUUGUCUCUGGAGGGGAAAGUCCACCUGGUAGAGAACUUGUUCAUGAGUCUGCAAGAAGACUUCUUUUAGAGUUGGUUGAGUUCAGUGAGAAGCCUUUAAACCCUGUGUUGCCAAAACCUUCUUCCAAGGAACCUUUGAUUCCGAAGGAGAGGGGUUUUAGAUCGAGGAACGAUGAGCCUUCUCAACGUGUUCGACCUCAGUACAGUGCUGAUUGGGCUUGUCCUAAAUGCGACUUUCUAAAUUUUGCUAGGAAUGAAAGAUGCCGAGAGUGCAAUGAAGUCGCUGAUAGAAGAUCUGUUGCUGCUGUUGUCAAGGAAGGAGAUUGGCUAUGUCCUGAGUGCAAUUUCUCAAACUUCUCAAGAAACCAGAGCUGUCUAAAAUGCCAAGCAAAGGGACCAAAGAGAACUUCAACGAAGAAUGUUGUUGAAAUGAAAAAAGGAGACUGGAAUUGCUCUGGGUGUGGAUUCAUGAACUUCUCUAGCAACAAACAGUGUAAACAGUGCAGAGAACGACCUCCAAAGAGGCAACUGGAGCCUGGAGAAUGGGAAUGUCCCUCAUGUGACUUCUUGAACUUUAGGAGAAACUCUGUUUGCAAGAAAUGCGAGUGCAAACGACCUAGCGAAUCCAACGACCAUUCAUGGAAGCGACCCGCCUUAGUGUAA